CAACAAAAUUUAUUGCUACAGAAUAAUCUACUAAAUAUGGCGGAAGCAAGAUGUUUACCUACAUUGAAAUAUGUAUCUAAUCUUUUAAAUCUGAUUCCUCAAUAUUUUGGUCAAAUGCCCCCUAAUGAUUACUGUGAUAUGAUUAUACAAGCAUGGGCUUCUGCUAUACCAAAUAUGACAGCUUUUGAAGGUGCAAAUGCUGGAGAUUUUAAUGAUGCUGUCAAAGUUGAAAUUAUGAAGGAAACAAUUGGAACUAAGAAUUCAGCUAUUCAGAGAUUGAGUCAAGAAAGAUUUCAAUCUUAUGAUACACCAGAUACAUAUGAAGCCAGAAUCUGUCCACUUAUAUUAGGUGUAGCAAAUAAUGAUGCCUAUGUUUUAGGAACUCUUAAGACUCAUUUAUCAGAAGAUCAUAAGCUUUAUAGUUGGAUGAAAAAUGAAAAUAUAGGUGGUAUUGAUGAAUUUUUCACUAUAUUGAAAAAUAUGUGGCUCGAACGUUCUAGUUUAAAUGAAGGGCAAAAUUUCGAUCAAGCACAACCAAAGAAAAAAUUAUUAGCAAAGCAAAAUGAUAGUAUUAUAUCACAACCUGUAUUCUCUUCAUAUAAUGAAAUUCAAAAAUCCUUCCAAGCUAUGAUGGAAAAACAGAAGAUUGAAUCCAAAGCUGAGAUUGAAAAACAGAAAGCCGAGAUUGAAAAAUUGAAAGCUGAAUUUGAAACAAAAAUGACUCAACAAUCCAAAAAAUCUCGCCCUCCAGUUCUACCCAAAGAUUAUGAACAAAUGCAAGAAUUCUAUGAAGGUCAAGGUGAUCCUAGAUGGAAAGAUAUUAGUAGAGAAGAAGCACUACAGUGGUUAGAUAAAGCUUUCUCUUCUCCCAUAUCAACUAAACCAGAACGAUUGCGUUCGUCAAAUCAAAAUGCUAGAAUAGAUAGAAUAGAAUCGAAAGUAGAUGAAAUCGGUCAAAUGACAUCUCAAUUCGGGAAGAUGAUGCUUGAUAACAAAAAACCCGUAGCUAAAUCAAAUUCAACAUAUCGAUACUUUCCUUCUCUAAUACCUUCCCAAUUCCAAUAUGCAUCUCCUUAUUCAGAUGAUAAUGAGGAUGAAGAAGGUGGAUAUAAUGAGGAAGAGAAUAAAUGGCAUGCUCCAUCUCAGUUAGAAAAAAAAAACAGUCAGCCUGAAACAUACGAUGAACUAUUACCAAAGCUUUCACCAGCAAUGCGUAAAAUGUGUCAGUUUCAUAUAGUCCAGGAAAAAGAAUCAAAAUCAGAUGAAUGCGCAAGUGAAUUCGGAGGAGUAAAUGAUGCAACAAUUAAUGCUCUGGGGUGGAAAGCUGAUAAGCCUUCUGACUUUGCUAUAAAGGAUGUGCCAAUUAGUGUAAAGGACAAAGAUGGUAAAACAGUCACAGUUUCAGGAAAUUUUGCACGUAUUGAUAAUGGUGAACCAGAACCAAUGCUAUGUAUAGGUAUGACAUGGAUUCGAAAGGUUCAUGGUAUUCUUGACCCGAAUAAAAACCAAUUUCGCAUAAAGGUUCAUGGUAAGUCUUAUAUUAUACCAACAUUCAGCAGGGCUCUAGUAGCCAAGGAUCCAUCAAAAGAUAUAGAGACCUUAGAAGUAUUGGAUUCUGAUUCAUCAAGUGAAGAGGUAAAAAAAAAUGCAUAA